AGUCAUGAAGUAAACAUGGCAGCCAAAAGUAUUUUGCUUGGUGGCAUUGCGGUUGUUACGGGUGGCGGCAGUGGUAUCGGGCGUGCUGUUUGCCAGAUAUUGGCAAGAGAUGGCGCCAGGGUAGCUGUGGUGGACGUCAAUGAGAAGGGUGCAAAGGAGACACUGAACCAAUUAAAUGGAGAGCAUAUGAUGAUCACUGGUGAUAUAUCGAAGACAGCCUCCGCAACGCAGCUUGUCGCAGAUGUUCAGUCUCACUUCAAUGAAGCGCCCUCUAUACUGGUAAACUCUGCUGGUAUCACUAGAGAUAAAUACAUGCUGAAGAUGACAGAACAACAGUGGGACGAAGUGAUAGAUGUUAACCUCAAGGGCUCAUUCCUAAUGAUGCAAGCUGUAGGCAAAGUCAUGGCACAGAAGAAAGUGAAGAAUGGUUCCAUAGUUAAUGUCGCAAGCAUUAUUGGAAAGACUGGAAACCCUGGGCAAGUGAACUAUAGUGCCUCUAAAGCAGGAGUGAUGGGCAUGACGAAAAGUGCUGCACAAGAACUUGCCAAAUUUGGGAUUCGAUGCAAUGCUGUUUUGCCCGGCUUCAUCAACACCCCAAUGACUGACGCAGUCCCUGAUGAUAUCAUAGAAACAAUCAAGUGGUUUAUACCGAUGAAAAGAACUGGAACUCCUGAAGAGGUUGCUGAAACAAUUGCAUUUCUUUCGUCUUCCAAGAGUAGUUACAUAACUGGUGCUUGUAUUGAAGUAACAGGUGGGUUAUACAUGUGAAAUAAGAAGACACGAAAUCAUCAUUUAACUUAUCAGGAUUACAAAGCUUGUCGACCACGGAUCAGUCCCUUAGCUGGCCCAAUACAAGGAAUAUGUGUUGUGAGAGAAUGUCAUUUGUAGAUACGUACAGAUGUAAAUUUUAAUAAAUUCAUAUUUCAAUCAGUUCAUGUA